ACAUGCAAACUAAUUCAUAGUAUAUCCAAAACACUUUAUAACCCAAUAAAAAACCAGAACACUUUUAGCACGUAACACAAAUUUACCCCAAAAAAAUCUAAAGUCAUAAAUAUAGUUUCCAAGCUUCUUCCUCAUCUACAACACAACAAAAAAAAAUACAGCGGGAAACAAACUAUAUACGCUACACAUUAAAUUACGAAUGUCUUUUUCUUAUUUAUUCCGUAUUACUACUAUAAUCAAUCAAUCAAAUUAACUUUCAAAAAAUAGACAAACUAAAAUUUUUUAAGUCUUUUUGGCAUUCAGAAUCCCAUUGACUCUCUCUCCUCCUAAAAAAACCACUCCAACAACAAUAACAACAACAGCAACAACAAAAAUAAUCAUUUUCUCUCUCCUCUAAUUUUUCUCUCUAAUUUCUGCUUCAAUUACACUGGAUUAAGGUUUAAAUUAGGGUGCUCUGCGUCGUUGUGGUGGAAAUUGUCGGGUUAAAAGAUUUGAAUUCCACGUGGAGUUCAUUGUCAUUCUCCUUUUUAGGAGUUAUUUUACUGAUUGAGGAAAGAGUCUUUGCUAAAAGUUGGUUUUUAUGUUGCUUUGGUUUGCAUUUUUGGUUGCUUUGGUGUAUGUCAUUUUGAGAAGUGGUAUAAUCGAAGUAAAAAUGGGAAAUAAAAGUUCGUCAAGGAGGAGGUCAAUGUCAUCAUAUGACCGGGCUUCUAGCCAAAACUAUGGGUUUCCACCACCUUCUCCAUAUUCAUCUCAGCCAGGUUACGCACCACAAACGCCUUAUACAUCUCAUCAUCCUCAGUACGCUCCUUCACCAUUGCCUCAGACUUAUGCUCCUCCUCCUAGUGCUACACGGCCUAAGAAGACGUUGGAAAGAAAGUAUUCAAGGAUUGCAGAUAACUAUAGUACCUUGGAUGAUGUUACGGCAGCACUUGCACAGGCAGGGCUUGAGUCUUCCAAUCUAAUUGUUGGCAUUGACUUUACAAAGAGCAAUGAAUGGACAGGUGCUAAGUCAUUCAAUAGGCGAAGUCUACAUCACAUUGGGAAUGAUCCGAAUCCCUAUGAGGAAGCAAUAUCAAUUAUUGGAAAAACUCUAUCUGCAUUCGAUGAGGAUAAUUUGAUCCCAUGUUAUGGAUUUGGAGAUGCAUCUACCCAUGACCAAGAUGUCUUUAGUUUUUAUGAUGAAGAUAGAUGCUGCCAAGGAUUUGAGGAAGUUCUCUCACGCUAUAGAGAGUUGGUUCCCCAACUACGGCUAGCUGGGCCAACCUCAUUUGCUCCAGUUAUUGAAAUGGCCAUGGCAAUUGUCGAGCAAAGUGGUGGACAGUAUCAUGUUUUGCUGAUUAUUGCUGAUGGACAGGUGACAAGGAGUGUUGACACGCAGCAAGGCAACCUUAGCCCACAAGAGCAAAAGACUAUUGAGGCAAUAGUUCAAGCAAGUGCAUAUCCCCUGUCAAUAGUUCUGGUGGGAGUGGGAGAUGGCCCAUGGGACAUGAUGAGAGAGUUUGAUGAUAACAUUCCUGCUCGGGCAUUUGAUAAUUUCCAAUUUGUGAAUUUCAUGCAAAUCAUGUCGAAGAAUGUGGACCCAUCGAAAAAGCAAACAGAAUUUGCGCUCUCAGCCUUGAUGGAAAUACCUUCCCAAUAUAAAGCUACCCUUGAACACGGCAUAUUAGGCCGAAGAACUGGACAUUGCCCGGAGAGGGUUUGCCUUCCUCCACCUCAAUACAAUGCUGCUGCUGGACGCAGUGGCUCAAAAUCAUAUUCUCGCGCUAACAGUUUUCAGAAGAGCGCUCCAACUUAUCCUUAUCCAGGAGCUGGACUUGGCACAAGUUCAUCUUCAACCCCUGCUUACAGUAGCACAGCACCACCCUCAGCUUCUCCUUAUAGUAGCACCACUCCACCCUCAACUUCUGCUAAUGAAAAUCAGCUUUGUCCUAUAUGCAUCACCAGUCCUAAGAAUAUGGCUUUUGGUUGUGGGCAUCAGACAUGCUGUGAUUGUGGAGAGUUUCUGGAUUCUUGCCCAAUAUGUCGUCGUUCUAUUGAGACCAGAAUAAGGCUGUACUAAAGAUCUUCAGCAUCUCUGAAGUCUUUUAGGUGGUAUUACUAGCUUGAGUAGUUCAUUAGAUUUUAGAGGUGGUAUCUUAUUGGUUUUCAAAGCCAUCCGAACUGUCAUCGUUAUGGAGGAAAUCUGUUUCUGGCGAUUCAGUUAUGUGAGAGUGAAGAAACUGUCUGCAAUUCGCCCCCAAGACCAAAUGGGUUAUGCUGAUGCGCUGUGUGGCAUUGAAUUUGUAGGAUUUGGGUUUUGGUGGGAAAAUCAGCUGCAAUUGAUUGGCAUGGUAUUGAAAGUAUUUUAAAGUAUCUUUGUUAUCUGUUCUUUAUGGCAAUUUUCUUCUCUCUGCAGAUCCUAAUAAUUUUCAUGCCCUGUUUGCAGUAAAUUUUGCUGGUUGUUGACAAAAACCACAUUGAUGUAAAUACCAUUUUCUUUCAUUA